GCUCCGAAGACACGGUGCUGGGUCACCAGGCGUGGGGACGUGGGCUCCUGGGGCUGCAGGAUGCUGGACCAGUCAGAGUGCUGGCGCCCACAGGCAGGUGCUCCCCCUGUGGCGGGCGCCUGCCUCCCACCUUGGCCAAUGCCCGGAGAACACUGUAGCACUCUCUGCCCGACCGGGAACCGCAUCUCGGCUUAGCCGAGCCGACCCUCGCUCCUGAAGCAGACCCCGGGGUCGCUCUGUGAUCAGACGCAGCGCAGGCAGAGCGAACAGCUGUGGGGUGAGCACCCCAAGUCGUGAGCGAGGUGUCCAGUCAGUGGCCAUGCCCGGACCAGAGGGAUCCUGCAGAAACACGUGGCCCGCAACGCAGCAGCCCCCCGACCCCACGCUCCGCCGGGGGGAUGUGCGGGUGACGACGUGGGACGCUCCCCGCACUGAUCUGUGAGCCCACCUGGGGAGGAACCGCCCGGGAACCAGCGCCCAGGGAGUGACGGACGCCAUGUCCCCCACUGUGGGUGCCGGUGGUGCAGAGAGCCGCUGCCAUGACCUUGACGACCCUCCCCAGCCCUUGCCGAGCCCCACACUGGGCUAAGGGCCUCACCGCCGAGCCCUGUCACCAUGGCCACUCUCCGCUGAGGUUCAGAAAGCGAGGCCCUGCCAGCCACCCAGCAGACAGCCAGCGCGUUUUGAAAACCUUUGCUGGUGGUUCCGUCUUUCCCCGAAUGGGAGUCGGGCACUGAGCUGGGCGCUGGGGUUGUGGGAAACACCGAGCUUCCUUUUUUUUCCCUUAAGCGGGCUCCACACCAGCAUGGGACCCCACGGGACCGAGAUCGAGAGUCAGACGCUGAACCGGGCGACCCCACUCAGCUUCCCUUCUCAGGAACAAAUGGACUGUGGUACAGGGGACACGGGCCAGGGGGCUCCGAACCCCUUCCGCAUUCCCCCUCGUAGGAAGCAGCCCUCCCUCGUGAGGCCCACGGCCACGCCACCCAACACAGCUGCCCGCCUGACCGCCCACGGGAGCGGCUGUGCGGGUCGGGCGUGGGUGGGCAAGGGGUGGACACCGCCUCCCCCCGACCCUGCUUCUCCGAAGAGUGAGGCAGACGCGACAAACGCAGGACCGUGAAGGGUAAGGGUGGGUGUGCCACUCACACCUCUCCCGAGGGACUCGAGGGUCUGUGCCCGCGAUGGCUGGCUAACGAUGCUGGCUGCUCCGCUGGAGACCAGGCCUGGGCAAAGGGCAGCCCCCUCGGCUCCCGUCAUCAGACCACAUCCUGUUUGUGUUGGGUCUUUUAUGGAGGCCGGCAGCACUGCCCCCUCCUUCGCCACCAGCGUCCCCAAUGGAAUCCCAGGGUCAGGAAUGUGCGGCAAUCAGACCACAGGGUGGCAAAUCUACCCGGGGGCCUAUAUAAAGCAGGAGAAGCCCGGAGCCGCACCUCCCAGACAGGAGCCCGGAGGCGCCCUGCCCAGCAGCCCUCCUGGGGAGCAGGCCCACAGCACGAUGAUAAGCCCUUACUGCCUGCUCCUCCUGCCGCUGGGCGCCUGCUUUCCUCUGCUGGGCACAGAAGAGGCCGCCGCGGGUGGCGUCAGAGGCGAAAUGGGCUGGGCCCACCUGCCCGGGGGACACCGAGUCUCCCUCCCACGGGGUUCCCCCCGGCGGCCAAGAGCUCCGCACCCACUGGGCCUGCUUGUCACGGCCAAGGAGCUGCAGACGUCCGGCAGGCAGCGUGCUGGCUUCAGGGUCCGGUUUGGGAGGCAGGAUGACGGCAGCGAGGCGACCGGCUUCCUCCUGGCGGAUGGCGACAAGGCUAGCGGCCCGUUGGGGACCCUGGCUGAGGAGCUCAGCGGUUACAGCAGGAAGAAAGGCGGCUUCAGCUUCCGCUUUGGCCGGCGGUGA